CGCGAUCCGAGUGCUAGCCGUUGUUGUGCUCGCCACACUCACCCUUGUCCGCGUCGCAGAGUCGACCUCUGUCACCGUUCUCCGUCCAGCUCACGACCUUGAGGAAGCUCUGCUACCAGAAAAUCUGUCGAAAAAACCUCAAAAUGCCGGCACUCCUUCCGCCACUGUUCCAACAAGGCCGAAGCGACGAAUUCGCGCGUUCAGGCAAGAUUUUGUCACUAGCGGCUUCCCCACGCGACGAUGCCGUCGCCCUGUUUGCCUCCUCGAAUGGAAACGUACAGCUGCCCCAGGAGAACGAGUCGUCCUCAUCGCAGCGGAACAUCUACUUUGCGAGGCCGCAUGAUGCUCCUACGUCCGAAAGGCGUAUUUUCGUUACAGACACAUCUAUCAUUUUCGCCGCCAUGCAGAAGCUGCGAAGUGAUGCUCGCGCACGAAAUGUGGACAUGUCUGAGGACGAUACUUGUGUACGAGCGAUGAACAAGCUUACGUUGGACUACAUCAACUUCUGCAAAGAGUGUUGCGUAUAUUGCUCCCGAGAUAUGCCACGAUCCGAACCUCUGCAGUUCAGCGCCGAGCACUACCGCAGACUGUACACCUGCUUCUCCUUGUUUUCCAUGCUCUAUGUACCGGAGCCUGGCUAUGACAGCGUUCCUGUUGGGGACGAGUUGAUGGAGUGGCUCAAUGUCCACUAUGUAGAGCCGACGACCGAGGAGGGUGAUCACCUCAGUAGCCUCGAGCGGCCUUGGGAGGACGAGACAUUCUGGCCGUACCUCACUCGAGCAGUCGUUCGCGGCCUCUCUCGUGCUUCAUCCUUCUUCCUGGACACUCUGUCCGGCCAUCCAUCUCCUUUUCUCCAAGAGCUGUCGAAGCACCUCAUGCCCCUCGUUACAAAUCACCCCCGCCUACAUCAGUUCACUGCCGAGCGCGACUUCGCGAUAGCCGCGCGUCGUUGGCACGACAAGGUGAAGGGUUUGCGUCUCGAGCUUGACCGCGUACCGGAGGACGUGCGAGAGGACAGCUUCGAGAACUGGUGGGGCAGAAUCGAUGAUAUUGUCGGUAUCCUCGAGGGCCGCGAGGAGGUGGUCAAGCGAGUAUGCAUUGAUCUCGGAGGCGACUGGAAGGAGGUCUGUGCGGUGUGGUGUGUGUUCGUGAACACACGCAUCCGCAGGGCGGAGCUUCCUGAUCUAGUAUCCGACUUGUUGGACGAGAUGCCACCAGAUCCGACCAAUUUGGAGGACGUGGUCCACUCAGCGAUGUUCCUGGGCAAGCCGACCAACGUACUUGCAGAGGCGCAACGAUUGGACAUCUGGCUCGCCGCCCAUCUCGCUGACAUGAUGGAGGCUCUCGACCUCAUUGACAAGGAACCAGACGACUCCGAGCUAACCCUUCGUGAGCACUAUAUCCUCUCUUACUGCGAGUACAUGCGGUCGGACCCUGGGCUCUGGCGAAUCACUGUGGACUACUUGUGCACCUGUGGCGAGAUCGGACAGCAGAUGGCUGACGAGGUGUUGAUGAGGGUGCCCCUCAGGCUGCAACCACCAAAAGACGCGGCGGACGCGGAUGAAGAGAGCGCGCGGAUACGCUCCGGCACCCUCGCCGGUGUGCUGAAGGAGGUGAACGCCUCAUGCUACGAGCACAAGCGCGAGGCGGUCCGGCGGAUGGUGUGCAGGAUCGCUGCACAGACGUUCAUGAAGGAGAACGAGUAUGGGCUGGCCGUGUCGUACUGCGUAUCCGCCGAGGACUGGACAGGACUUGGACAUGUCGUCGAUCGCAUGUUGGACGUGUAUAUCACACAUGGACCCCAACAAUACGCGCGAUCGGUGGCGAAGAUUGCCCCAUCGCUGCAGACGUUGCGGGCGGAGUCUAAGGCGAAUGGCAUCUUCGUCUACCGUUUGAUGUUUGCCGUGCGUUUUGCUGAGUUCCAUCACCGGCGGUUGAGCGGCGACCUGCAGGAAGCCGCGUUCGACCUUGUCUCGAUGCUGCGAGAAGAGAUUGCGCCCAAGUCAUGGUGGGCUGUUCUGCUCUCGGACGCGGUUGAGCUGCUACAGAAUAGCGAGAACAUGUUCUUCACGUCGGUCGAUGCAACACUGCUUUUACAUCGAUUGGAAGAGAUCCAUAUCCGGUCCUCGCAAGGGUCUGCAGACGAGUACCUCGCAAUCCUAGCGAGAACCACAAAAACGGGGGGAGAGGCACAUGCACUCCAACGGUUACAGGUCGUUCGUCUCGCACUAGCUAGAUAUUACGCAAAGUGCGCCGUGAUAGGCGUCGGAGGGAGGACAGUAAUUGGGGCGGUUCAUUGAAAGCAUGUAUCUAUAGCAUUGUUGUACGCGUGUAGCGAAUUACGGUUGCGCUCUAUGAUUUGCACUACUGUUUGUGGCUGGGCUCUGCCACGAAACGAUAUAUGCACACACGACGC